AGAUUCAAUGCAACUGAUUUUCUAGAACGGAGCCGGAACGGCAGGAUAGUUUUCGCCGGCGACUCCAUCGGGCGAAACCAAUGGGAGUCUCUAAUAUGCAUGCUUGCACAAGGAGUUUCAACCCAGUCCACUAUAUAUGAAGACAAUGGGAACCCCAUAAGUAAACACAAAGGCUAUCUCUCUAUCCGAUUCGCAGAGUACAACCUCACAGUUGAAUACUACAGGGUGCCCUUCCUGGUGGUUACCGGUCGGCCGCCACCAAAAGCAUCCAAGGAAGUUCGGACCACCCUCAGGGUUGACACACUGCACUGGUAUUCAAACAAAUGGGUUAAAGCAGAUGUGCUCAUGUUCAGUGCUGGACAUUGGUGGAACCAGGAUAAGACUGUAAAGAUGGGGUGCUUUUUCCAGGUGGGAGAAACUGUGAACAUGACAAUGGAUGUGAUGGAAGCAUUUCAGAGGUCAUUACAGACUUGGAAGUCAUGGGUAAUUCAGAGUUUAGAUCCACAGAGAAGUCAUAUCUUCUUCCGCAGCUACUCACCGGUGCAUUACAGGGACGGAACAUGGAAUGAAGGUGGUCACUGUGACGCUAAUGUGGCGCCAGAAACGAACAACACAAAACUGGAACCUGAUCCAGUCAACAAUCUGUUUAUUUCUGAUGUAAUCAAACAGAUGGAAAGUGCAAAAAGAAAGAUUCAGUUCUUAAACAUUACAUAUCUUGCAGAAUUUAGGAAAGAUGGUCACCCUUCAAGCCACCGAGAGGUGGGCACUCCAAUCCCAGCCCCACAAGACUGCAGCCAUUGGUGCCUACCUGGAGUCCCAGACACAUGGAAUGAACUUCUUUAUGCCCAACUACUGUCAAAUGGAUUCAGAACAAAAAUUGAGGGUACCUAG